UUUUGGACAGCUUCCGUUUUCAACCUCCUUUCAACGGAUAAGAGGCUAAUAGGCUGCAAACAAUUCAAAAGCUCGCCUAAUAUUUUUGCAGAUGAUCUAGAUAAGGCUCCUUCUUCCACUCUCUUCUGCCCACUCCAGUCCUCUUCUCCAAAACCCUAAUCUUCACAAAAUCAUAGUCUGUUCAUUCACAUGGUCUCGCUGCUGUCCCGCCCCACCUUCGUGCACACUCCUGCGCACCCUCUUCUCUUCAGGCCGCACAUACCCGACCAUGGUCAACCUUCUCGAUUCAAAUGGGCUCGAACUCGCCGAACCCAUUUCCCUAAUGCCUCAAUAUCGCGGGACUCAAAUCUCCAAGACCCCCAAGACCGGCAAACGCAACAGCUAAGAACAUUGUUCCCCGGCGGGUACAAGCGGCCGGAGAUUAAAGUGCCAAAUGUUGUGCUUCGGUUGAACCCCGACGAGGUGUUGAGCGGCGGUGGUGCUGUGUUGAAUGUGAUCGAUGAGGCGGUCUCGAAAUGGGUUGGGAUUGUUGUGCUCAGUGGCGGUGAAGGAGCUGGUGGUAGGUUGUAUGAGGCCGCGUGUUUGCUGAAGUCAGUGAUUAGAGAACGAGCAUAUUUGAUGAUUGCCGAGCGGGUCGACAUUGCUGCGGCAGUAAAAGCCAGUGGGGUUGUGCUUUCUGACCAAGGUCUUCCUGCCCUUGUGGCGAGGAACACAAUGUUGGACUCCAAACCUGAAUCAGUUGUUCUUCCUUUGGUGGCAAUGGAUGUAAGAACUGCAAAUUCUGCUUUGAAUGCAUCUAAGUCUAAAGGUGUUGAUUUUCUUAUAUAUGACAUUGAUGAGAAACAUGCUGAGGUGCUUGUCAACUCUGUAUUUGAGAAUGUGAAGAUACCAGUUUUUAUCAUGAAUGCUUUGUGCGGAGAGGGUACAUCAUUUACUUGGAUAUCAAAUCUGAUCAACUCAGGUGCUAGUGGGUUAGUUAUUGCAUUGGAAGAUUUGGGAUUGCUUAGCGAUAGUGUUUUGAGCACAUUGUUCUGCAUUGUUCCUGCAAUGGAUAAAAGAAUGGGGGAUGCAUUUCAAAGCUCUAACAGGCCCAAAAUAUUGGAAGCAGAUAAUGGUUUUCAUGGUAACAGUGGGGUGGCUGGCUUUAUUAGAAUGCAGGAUAGAGAAAAACAGUUAAUUGAAAGAGAGAGAUUGGUGCUGCUUGAAGCAAUUAAUGUUAUCCAGGAAGCUGCGCCAAUGAUGGGGGAAGUCUCACUUCUUAUCGACGCAGUUUUUCAACUUGACGAACCAUUUUUGCUGGCUAUAGUGGGUGAGUUUAAUUCUGGGAAAUCAACUGUUAUCAAUGCAAUCCUUGGAAAAAGAUACCUAAAAGAGGGGGUUGUUCCAACUACUAAUGAGAUCACUUUUUUACGCCAUGCGGAGUUUGAUUCUGAGGAGCAACAGCGCUGUGAAAGGCAUCCAGAUGGCCAAUAUAUAUGCUACUUGUCUGCUCCAAUUCUCAAAGAGAUGAAUAUAGUCGAUACACCUGGAACUAAUGUGAUUCUUCAAAGGCAACAGCGCCUUACUGAGGAAUUUGUGCCACGUGCUGACUUGCUUCUUUUUGUUAUUUCUGCUGAUCGCCCUCUUACUGAAAGUGAGGUUGCUUUUCUUCGUUACACUCAGCAGUGGAAGAAGAAACUUGUAUUUGUGCUGAAUAAAUCUGACCUUUAUCGGAAUGCCAGUGAGCUUGAAGAAGGAAUUUCAUUCAUCAAAGAAAAUGCACAGAAGCUGUUGAAUACUGAGUAUGUAACAUUAUUUCCUGUAUCUGCACGAUCUGCUCUUGAGGAAAAACUUUUGAUUCCCUCUCAUUUGAGAAAUAAUUCUGGGAAAACAUUACCUACUGAUUCUCAUUGGGGAGAUAAUGGCUUUGACGAACUUGAAAAGUUCUUGUACAGCUUUUUGGAUGGAUCAACAAGUACAGGAAUAGAAAGAAUAAGGCUUAAGCUUGAAACUCCCAUUGGAAUUGCUGAUCAGUUGCUUUUGUCUUGUGAGACUAUUGUGAGACAAGAAUGCCGAUAUGCAAAGCAGGAUUUGGUGUCGGUAAAUGAAAUAGUUGGUAGUAUAAAAGAGUUCGCGAUGAAGAUGCAAAGUGAGAGCAUUUCUUGGAGGAGACAAACUUUAUUGCUGAUUGAUGCUACAAAAGCUCGCGUUGUGAAGCUUAUAGAAUCUACCCUCCAAUUAUCAAAUAUUGAUCUUGCUGCCUCCUAUGUUUUUAAAGGGGAUAAAUCUUCUAGAAUGCCAGCCACCUUAAGCAUUCAAAAUGACAUAAUAGGUCCUGCACUCACUGAUGCUCGAAGAUUACUUGGGGAAUAUGUGUCGUGGUUACAAUCACAUAGUGCUCGUGAAAAGAGGUUGUACGAGGAAUCCUUUGAGAAAAGAUGGCCUUCAUUUGUCUAUCCGCACAAUCAGGGGCAUUUGGGGACCUGUGACAUACGGAACAAUGAACUUAGCUUGAAAGUGAUUGAGAACUUCAGUGUCAGUGCUGCUUCCAAACUGUUUGAGCAAGAAAUUCGUGAAGCAUUUUUGGGAACUUUUGGUGGGCUAGGAGUGGCUGGUUUAUCUGCUUCACUACUAACAUCUGUGCUGCCAACCACUUUAGAAGAUCUUCUUGCCCUUGGCCUUUGUUCUGCUGGCGGUUUAUUAGCAGUUUCAAAUUUCCCAGCCCGUAGGCAAGAAAUGGUAAACAAGGUGAGAAGGACCUCAGAUGCCUUGGCACAUGAACUUGAAGAGGCCAUGCAAAAGGAUCUAUUGGAAAUUAUUGAAAAUCUUGAAAGCUUUGUGAAACUUACUGGUAAACCCUACGAGGAUGCAGCACAAGAUAGGCUAGACAAGUUAUCUGAGAUUCAAUAUGAAUUAUCAAAUGUUGACAAAAAACUUCGAACACUACAGAUUGAAAUUCAAAAUCUUCAUGUAUCAUGAAAUGUUUCUUGUCCAUCUGUUUAACGACAUUUAGUGCAGUCAUAUUAGUGACAAAUUAUUCCAUUAACUUACACACUCACACUUUUAUCAAUUAUUGAAUGUGCAAUAUUUAACCAGAAAGCUAUGGGUUAAA